UGGUGCGACAACACUUUGCGGCAGCAGGGAAAUCGAGGAGAAAGCAGUGACAAACGUCGCCAACAGAUAACGUUACCGCCUCAAAAGUCCUCUGAUUUAAAGAAAAAUCGGCGAACUAUCUUAUAUAUUUGUUGUGUAUCCUGCCACUUUGUUGAUGAGAUUGUGUUCAACGAUUCCCAAGCGUGAAUCUCCACAUUAAUGCAGUGGGAUGGCCACAGUGCCGCCUGGGCCUAGUAGCGCACUGCCUGUAUCCCCGGCUGAAAUAGCUCCUUUCUCCGGGGCCGGGAGCCCGGAGCCCGCGGUGGAGGACGGAGAUCCGACCUGCUACGAGGAGGACUGUGUGGCCGACGGUACAGGAAAGAAGUCGCAGCCGUCAAGCGAGGUCAAAAGGUCGGUCAAGAAGAAACAGAAAAACAUGCUAGCACGGGCUAGCCCGGCGGCGUUGCAUCUGAAAAUGCAAGCCCGAGAGCAGCAGCAGUUGAAUGGCUUGGCUAGCCCCUCAGAUGACUCUGAUAACCAUCAACACGCAGGAAGCCUGCCUGACAAUCUCAGAUCAUCCGCGGACAACUGUGACAGCAGUGGCAGCAGUGAGGGGGCUGCGGCCGCAAGAAACAAUAUUGAGCACUACCAACACGAAGGCCACAGCCCCUUCUCCAAAAACGGCAGCUACUCUUUGAUUAAUAACAGUGUAAACGGGAUGCCGGGUUUCACGAGAAGUGAGGCGGCCUACGAAGGGGGAAAAGAGUUUGACCACACGCAGCCUCCGAGACCGCUAAGCGACGAGCCACCGGACGCUGACGGGCCCAGUGGAGAGGAGAGCCCCGCUGACCCACACCAGCAGCCGCCAGCAGCAGAGCUGGCUCGGCUGAACCUGAGCGGUUCUCCCGGCCGAGAGGAGGGGGAGAGCCACGGCAUUCGCUAUGUCCGCUACGAGUCAGAGCUGCAGAUGCCAUGGAUCAUGAGACUGAUCACAAAGGACUUAUCUGAGCCUUAUUCAAUUUACACUUACAGGUACUUCAUCCACAACUGGCCGCAGCUUUGCUUUUUGGCCAUGGUGGAGCAGGAGUGUGUCGGAGCCAUCGUAUGUAAGCUUGACAUGCAUAAGAAGAUGUUUCGUCGUGGCUACAUUGCUAUGCUGGCUGUGGACUCCAAACACAGAAGGAAAAGCAUCGGUACUAAUUUGGUGAAAAAGGCCAUCUAUGCCAUGGUAGAAGGGGACUGUGACGAGGUUGUGCUUGAGACUGAGAUCACCAACAAAUCAGCUCUGAAGCUGUAUGAGAACUUGGGUUUUGUCAGAGACAAGCGGCUGUUCAGAUAUUACCUGAACGGAGUGGAUGCGCUGCGACUCAAACUGUGGCUUCGCUAAAAAGGAAAGCAGAAGGGACGGGGGAGGUCGGGACAGCGGGUGCUGUUCACCUCUAACACUAUCAGCUCAACAGCCUCAGCUCUGCCCUGGUCAUUUUGCUCUUAAACUCACACACAUGCAUACACAGUACACAUACAUACAUACACAAUCACACCUGUGUUGAAAAGCGAGGAGUAUGCACAUAGGUAUGCAUAGACACAGAAACACACCCUCCUUUUCUCCUUGACCUCUGAACAAGUGUUGUUAGGCAGAAAUGGACUGAAAUGCCACCGGACAUGUACAUGAAGGGGCCCCCAGAUUCUUUCUGUGACGAAGGACGGAGCGAGGAAGGACGGUGUCUGCGAUGGCCCUCUCUGAGAUGCGAGGCAGCUCGGUUGAGGAUUUGCAUCCACAACCCGAGAGGGCAAAGACUGCACACCAAAUGAAAUCCUGCAAAACACAGAACAAAUCGGAGUGACAGGAAACCACACAUGACAGCAGGAAGCGCGCCGGCACACACCGACUGGGAAGAAACUAUUUGUGGAGUUUAUUUUUGUGUUUCUUUUUUAAAGCCUUGUUAGUUGGGAUAGGUUUGGGGGGGAGUGCUAUGGUAUGACUGUGUUCGUACUUCCUCGUGGGGUUGUUUGUUUUUUGUUUUUUUUUGGUCUGUGUGUGGUUGAUUUCAAGUGAGCAAGUGAGCGUGUUUUUGUGACUGCACACUGUUUUGAUUUACCAUUCUGUCCAUUCAGUGCAGCACUUCCCUGCUGCCACUCCCAUCAGCCCCCCCAGCAACCUUCAUGUCAGCCUUAAGGACUGAAUUAUGUAAAGAUACGCAUGCAUGUGUUUUAAUGCAAGUACAGGGGUUAAGAGUGUGUCACUGAACUGAGUCUAAGGUAAAACCAUCUGAAGCCCUUCCUCUGUUUGGUGUGAGAGCAGAGCAGCUGGUCAAAACAAAUCACUCCAUUAUCGCCUCAAAGUUUGCCCACUUUGUGGAUGUAACACCUUUUACUCUUUUUGUGUCUUUCACUAAAUCUUGUUGAACCCUUUCAGGGUGUGGUUGAGGACUUUAAUUAGCUUUUUUCCUUUCUCCCCCCCCCCCGAGUAUCAGAACUGGUUUUCCUCAAAUGCACUGCCAGCCUCUGCAGAAUUCCUCCUCCCCCGCCCAAAGUAAAGGGAGAAAACUUCGUCUUUCAGCGACUCCUUGCCAAUAAUGGUGUGUUCAAUUAUCUCAAACCCAUCUAUGUUUACUAAUUCACAUUAUUAGUCUGAUUUUCCGAAUUGCAAGUGCCACUAAAUCCAUCAGCACUAACAGCCACAACUGCAGUGAUCUGCCUGCUGACGGGCAGCACUUCUGGUCUGCCUCAUAGCAAAAAAAAAAAAGUGUUACAUAUGCUGGAUUCCUGUUUGAGUAUGCUGUGUGUGUGUUUAUCUCUUGAUAAAAAAAGGAAAAUAGACAAGUAUUCUUAGCGGAUUAUAUUUUCUUCUGCUUGCUUUCAGUCUCUUUAGACCUGUCAUCUCUACACCUGUAUGUCCACAAUGCACUUCCCAGGUUCUCUACCUAACUCAACACACAACCAACCUCACUGAUGUCUUGAGAUUUCCAUCCUGGAAUGUGUUUUGGAUGCACACAGAUGUUCCAGUACACACUAAUUGGCAAAGAUCUUUUGCUUAAGCUGCUUUUGUUUUGUUUUGUUUUAACAGUAAAAUGAACAAAGGUCAGAUGCACUUCUUUAAAAAUUGCUGCAGUGUGUAUGGGUAAGUGCAAAUGUGUUUUUGCUAUUCCGAUAGUGGUGCGGCUCUGUUCUGCUUGUUUGGACUGCAGUUUCUCUACGUUUAUGAGCUUUUACUGUGCUGCUUAUUUUUUAUCUGGCCUAUCAAAGACAACAGGACUUGUUGGGUAUAGGGAAUGAACAAAAGCGCACUCUUAAUUUUAAUCUCUCAGGAUUAGAUCAAGUGCUUGAGGUUGUCGUAAAAGCGGGAAAGGGUUGACACUAUAAGCUCUUGAUUAUAUUUUGAGAUUAUUUCCACCUUCACUUAGCUGGAGCCAGGAAGUGUUAGAUGUGAACAGAAGAGAAAUGUGAACAGAGCUGCCACACUGUAAGUAUGUAUUGCAUUUGGAGCAAUGGAUCAGAGUACUUAUUUUCCUUUUUGUUUUUUUUCUUUUGUUUUUUUUUUUCUCCCAGAUUUGUAUACAAGUGUUGUUCUAAUCGUUAGUUAUAUUUGAGGGUUUUCUUUCCCCGCUGUGAAUCAUCUGUUGGGUUGGCUGCGGCUAAUUUACCAGAGUAGGUUUUGACUUUUAAUUUCUGUGCAACUUUAACCCAUCCAGAGUUGUGGUGAGAAUGGUGAGCAUAUGGAAACAAUCAUAGACCUUGAACACCAACUUUUCUUUGCUGUUUAUCAGUACUUUUAAAAAAAGAAUUUAAUUAAGACCCUGUUUAAAUUCUUCCCAUUUCAUUCUUGAGGAUUAAAUUUUCCCCCGUGUCGGGCAUGUUUUUAUUUUUCUAUGUUCUGUCACUGGCUUGGCCUUCUUUCAAAUACACAUUGACCACUUAUGAGUGCAAAGAGAUUGGCAAAGUAAGCUAUGUUGUCAAUGAGAGAAAUUUUUGGAUUUUAGAGGAAAUGGGUAUGUCAACUUUUUUUUUUUUUUUUUUUUUUGUCUCAAUCCUGUGAAACUCUGGCAGUUCCAUGAGGUUAAUGGGCAUUACAGCCGGGCCACAACAAGCCAAGUUGCUCUAUUAAAAUCCCGAUUACAGACUGAAAGGCUCUGUCAUCAGUUCAUAUCCAUGGCUUGUGGUGUUGCAGACUUGACCCACUUUUCUAGAGCAAUGACUCCUGCACAGUUUGAAUCAGUGUAGACAUGACAUGCCGGUUCAGUGUUCACAGAUGGCAGAAGUAGUGCAUUUCCUCAUCUUGGAUGUUAGCUGUGUUGUCCUGACCUAGGGCAAAUGCCAUCCUACAUUUCCAACUAUAAAUUCUCUGCAGAAACCAGCACAUAACUCAUAUUUUUAUUGGCAGUGCCACAAGAUGCUUCCUUGACACAACCAACCAACCACAGGGCUUCCUGGAGUCUUUCUGGGUUUGCUAGCACCGAACUUGCCAAGAUUCAUGAAACAGAAAAAGAGGAGAGCAAAUUUUUUUGCAUGUCUGUUUCCCUCUGUCCCUUUUCCCUGUCCCAUCUUUUAAUUUAUGAUCUGGAAAUGUCCAAUAGCUUUUAUUUAAUGUGAAAAAAGAACACAAAAAUAAAUUAUUUGAUUUAUUCCCCCCACCCCCCCCCCCCUUUUUUUAUGCCAUAAAACUAAGUUGUAGUGUGUGCUGUUUUGGAGUUUUUUGAACAAAAAAAAAAAAAAAAGAAAAGAAAUGUGGCAUAAGGAAAGGUCACAAUCAUUCAAGAUCAUCAUUUUAUUUGAUCACAACCUUCUUAAUAUUUACACAAAGAGACCAAGAGAAGUGUUGAACUGUUUUACAUCACACUAACCUUAACAGUAUUAUUGCAUAUAGACUGGCAUUGAUACAGUAAGCAUGUCAGAUGGGUGAUGAAGUGACUUAACAUUUAUAUAAAAAAUACUUUGAUGUAACAUAACUGGCUACAAAAGACUAGGAACAUUUCUGAAAAUAAGUUGUUUAUAAUAUUCUCCGCUGCUGUACCACACAAAAUUCUUAUUAAAAAAGAAAUGAUUUUUAAUUGUCUCUAAAGAUCACAACUUAAUUUGACAGAGCUCAUUGCAUCUGAGUAAUCUGGCAUUCGGGGGAAAAUUUAAGCAAACGUCUGUGUGUACCUGUUAGAG